GCAAUCGUCUGGAAGGGGAACCAUGCGCUCAUCGGAGAUAUUACUCUAAACAGGCGCCAUGCCGCCCCCCAAUCUGGCAGUGUCUCUGGCCAGUUGAGACAUUUGUUCACCUGGUCUAGACUACCCUACAACGGACGGCUCCCACUGUCAUUUCUGCUUACGCAGUAACAUGUCGAGCAAUUUCGCCAUCGUGUCCCCAUUUCGACGGUGAUUAGGAUAGUCACUGGGGCCGGGUACGGAUGAUUGGGUAUGCCGCUGGCCAACCGGGGCCGGAAAUCAUACGCAGAGAUCCUUCGUACAGAUCCGGUGCGCCGCGAGUUUCACGUAGAUCCGCUGCAGGACCCGAACGAGGAUAGCCCCAGCGCCGACGCAGAAAUUUACGUUCCUAGUCGAUCGUUCGAGCGAGCCGGUGCCAGGCGCUCGGGCAUUGCGCAACGCCGCGUCUGUUGACCUGUCGCCCUCGCCCUCGCCCCCUCCAUCGCGUCCACUAUGGCUGGCCGUAAGCUGU